AUGCGGUCUCUUACUUCGCUUCUUGUGUGUGCGGCGCAGAUUGCGGGCGCUGCGGCGGCGUCGCUGACGGAUGUGGCGACCGUUGGGUAUGCGACGCUGAAUGGCGGAACAUCGGGAGGGAAGGGGGGCGCGACGGUCAUCGUGUCGACGCUUGCUGAGCUCGAGGGUGCGAUUGCUGGGAACGACCCGCGGAUUGUUAUCGUUUCUGGCACGAUCACGGGCGCGAAGAAGAUCUUCGUCGGGUCCAACAAGUCCAUCAUCGGCCGCAAUGGAAAAAUCGUCGGCAUCGGCCUCUCCGUCGUCAACGCAACAAACGUCAUCAUCCGCAACACCGUCCACCAAUACGUCCUCGCCACCUACGAAGACGCCAUCACCAUCAAGUACUCGACAAACGUCUGGGUCGACCACGUCGACAUCAGCAACGACCGCACGCACGACAAAGACUACUACGACGGCCUCGUCGACGUGAGCCGCGCCUCCGACUUCAUCACCAUCUCCAACAGCUACCUGCACGACCACUGGAAAGGCUCGCUGGUGGGGCACUCAGACAACAACCAAGCCGAAGACGCCGGCCGCCUGCACGUCACCUACGCCAACAACCACCUCGCGCGGCUCUACUCGCGCGGCCCCAUGUUCCGCAUCGGCACGGGGCACCUGUUCAACUCGUACUGGGACACCAUGGACGACGGGGUGCGCACGCGCGCCGGCGCGCAGCUGCUGAUCGAGAGCAGCGUGUUCGAGGCCACGAAUGACGAUAUUAUUGCGAAGAACGGGUACGCGGUUGUUAGGGACGUGGAUUUGGGGAUCGGCACGAAUGAGGCGCCCACGGGCACGCUGACGAGUGUGCCGUAUGCGUAUACGCUGCUGGGGAGCGCGAGGGUGAAGGCCGCGGUGGUGGGUGUUGCGGGGGCGACGCUGUCGCUGUAG